AUAAAGCUGCCAGCGAUCACACGCAGCCGUUCAGUUGCAGCGCACGUAAGUAGCGAGGCGGAGCUUAUCAAAGCGGCGUACGAAUUUCGAAAAUAUACGCACAGUUUUUGCAAAAAAAGAAUAUUUAUGAAAAUAUAGCAGAAGAACACGGAGGGACGAAAGAAGAAGAGACGAAAAAUAUUUAUGAAAAUAUACUAAAACAAUACUUAGGGACAAAAGAAGCUCAAUGGCCGCAAAAGUGAGUUGCUGCGUGGUUGGCGCCGGUGCUGCCGGCCUCUGCGCGCUCAAGUACGCGCUCGAGUAUGGCAUGGAGGCGGUGGCGUAUGAGAAAUAUAAUGAAAUCGGCGGCACCUGGGUGUGCACGGAGCAUGCCGCGGACGGCUGUGCCACGGCGGAGGAUGUACACAGCAGCAUGUAUGAUGGUUUGCGAACCAAUUUGCCAAAGGAAGUAAUGGAUUUUCCAGACUUCAAAUUCCCAACAAAUAUGCGUGAAUCUUACAUAUUGGCCAGUGACGUACUGAAAUACUUUCAAUCUUACGCCGAACACUUCAAACUACUACCUCAUAUCAAGUUAAGACAAGAAGUGGUACGCGUACGGCCAUUGCAUGGCAAGUGGGAGGUAUUAACGCUGGAUUUACAAAGCAACGACUACACGACACAGCAAUUUGACUACAUUUUCAUAUGCAACGGACGCUAUGCGACGCCCUCUUAUCCGAGCACGCCGGGCAUUGAUCUUUUUAAAGGCCAUAAAAUACACAGUCAUGUCUUUCGCAGAGCAGAGACAUUCAAAGAUGCCACUGUGCUUAUGGUAGGUGCAGGCCGCAGCGGUAUGGAUAUCACCCACCACAUUUACCCCUACGCCGCACGUAUUUACCUAAGUCAUCAUCUGCAACAAAAGCCGCCAAUCACCGAUUUUAUGCCGAAUGUUGUGCAGAAGCCGGUCGUGGAACGCUACACGGAGAACGGCGCCAUCUUCAAGGACGGCACGGAGGCCAACUUUACGCAUAUUGUCUUCUGUACGGGCUACGACCUGACGAUACCCUUCCUCAGCGCCGAUUGCAACCUGCAAGUGCACGACAAUUUGGUAUACCCACUCUACAAGCACUGCAUCAAUAUCUACCAUCCCACAAUGUGUUUCAUCGGUCUGCCGAUUUAUGCCUAUCCAAUACAAUUGUUCGACUUGCAAAUGCGUUUUGUAAUGCAAUACUAUAGUGGGAAACUGCAACUGCCAAGUGCGGAGGAUAUGCUGGCCGAUACGGAGCGUGAUUUAGCUGAGCGCAGGGAACGUGGCCUGCCGCGCAGGAAGGCGCAUUUAGUGGGCGAACGACAGUUCGAUUAUUAUGAUGAGUUGGUGGCAUUGACGGGAAUCGACAAUAUUAGACCAGUGAUCAAAAAGCUUUCGAAGAUCUGUGGUGGCAAGUUUCUUUACGAUUUACAAAACUACCGAAAAACGGCAUUUAAGGUGAUAGACAAUGAGAAUUUUGUACAAUUUAAAUUAGGCGAAGUGUAAAAAUAAAUAUUGAAUACUUUACUUUAAAUAAAGAAGCAACAAAAAUCACAAAA